AUGUGCGAGGCCGGCAAGCUUCCGCUUAUCAUCGUGAUCAACAAGAUGGACCGGGAGAAUGCCGACUUCGACCGGAACGUGGCUGAUGUUCAGGCCACCUUUGGUCGGCAAUGUGUCCCCUUCCAGAUUGCCAUUGGGGCAGCAGACAGCUUCAAGGGCGUGGUAAACGUCGUAGACCUCAACGCCGACAUACCGGCGGACUUGUCCGAUGAGGUUGAGGCGGCCCGUGAGCGGCUCAUCGAGGCCGCUGCGGAAACGCCGAUGAAUGGCUUUACCGCACCUGAUGGUAACCUCCAAUCGGGCCGAGGACCGACUUACCGCGGAGAUCGAUCAUCCCUGCUGUGUCUUUACUCCGUGAGUUUGGUUCCCAUUCUCGCAACUUCCUUACAUACACUGUCGUCGUGGGACGAUUUCAUUCUCGAGAUGGUCGGCUCCUUAUUUGCCCUCGGCCGUUGGACCGUCAAGCCUAGGCUCACCAAGUCUGGUUCCGGCGACGAGGUUGCCUACGAGGCCGACCACGAUGCUUCCUUGGCCGCGUUUGUAUUCAUGACCACGGCCGACCCAUUCGUCGGGAAGCUCUCCCUGUUCCGUGUCUACCAAGGCACGAUCAGGAGCAACUCCGAAGCUUGGGACGCCAACCAGGGCCAGGCCGAACGCGUUGGGCAACUCUACCUGCCCAAGGGGAAGAGCCGGAUAAAUCUUAACUCAGACCGAGACCCUGCCUGGAGAAUCGGGCGUUCGGCAAGUAUGUCCAUCCACCUCACCACCGGCGACACCCUGUGCGCCCGCGACAACCAGGUGAAGUUCGAUCCCAUCGAGAUGCCCGUGGGCUACUACCGCGUGGCGGUGUCCCCUGCGUCGAAGGCCGACCUGGACAAGAUGUCCCAUACCCUCACUACGCAUCGUUGGAGGAGGACCCCGACCAGCCUCCGCUGUUCUCGCACACACCCGUAG